AUGGGGCGUUUCCUUGCUCUCCAUGCGCAAGGUUUAUCAAGCGGUGCCCUGCUCGACGUGGAGCUCUACAUCCUGCCCAUCCAUCUACAAAUGCAGCAGAACAUUGAGGAAACGGCUAUUCGAAUCCAAACCAGCCCAACCUGGGAGCAACCGGCUACGCUUCGGUGCCGACGCGAGCCUAAGGAACGCCGUCUUGGGGGCUGGUGCCCCCUGGAAGCCCUCCGAUGGAAGAAGAACGAGGUUCUGAAUGCCCUCACACCCGCGAACGGGGCGUGGGAGACCCGCGUAGCAGGGGUACUGCGGCCCUGGGAACCCCAAAUCACCUGUGUGAUAGAGGAAUCAGCGGAAGAGGCUAUUGCCGCACACGAUCGAAUCCAGAGACAGUUACUGGACUGGGGGAUAGAACGAAUGCUUCCACCACACCUCCGAGCGUAUCAGAUACCGGAGCAGCCGCCAAUGGAGAUCUUCUUCACCGACGGCAGUGGCUAUCAGGGCCAUGUUGGUGCCGCCGCGGUCUCGCUCCGCCCAAUGGGAGCCGAGGGGAGCAUCUAUUUGAACCGGUAUCUGGGAACCACCGAGGAUUCAACGGUGUACGUUGCAGAGCUGAACGGCGUCGAGAUGGCGCUCGCUGCGUUUAUCAAAGAGUCUCAAGGUGGGAGCCAAAGUACGGAAGGCUCUCGCCAGAGCACAGGGAUUUGGGAAAGUUCCAACCAAAUCAAGCCGCCAUCCAAGCCAUUGCCAAUCCGAAGCGAUCCUCAGGCCAAUACGUGA